AUGUUCGCUACUCGCCCGCUGAGAAUGCAGGUCACCCGGCCGCUCUUGGAAGGAAAACCAGAGUGCUCACACCAUCUCCCAGCGCCUACGAACCCUGAAGAAGAUUCCUCCAGAAUUACUCCCGCUUGCGUCGCCCUCGGCGCAGGAAUAUACUCCAGCAUCAAAAAGUUCAGAACGGACAAGACCCUCCGCCUCUCGCGACCCAAGCCUGAAGAUAUCCAGCACUAG